AUGUACAGCAGUGGCAAUCCAACAAACAUAGCAAACCCUAUCAAGGAUGCCAAUGUUCAAAUUGAUUUAAAAACACUGGGUGGUAGGCUGACCUUGUUUGAAACCACUCUUUGCAAAAAGCUCUCUUGGGAUGAGCUUGAUGCACAUGUUGAUCUGGAUCCCCAAGGGUACUUAAGCGCAUAUAGUGAGAAGGACAUUCAAUUGAUAUGUUGCCAAGCCGAUGCAAGCACCUUGUGGCUUAUCCCUCCUGUUGUUCAGGCUAGAUUCAGUCAGUCUCUUCAAUGGAGCAUGAACAUAGUGUUUUCUUGGCAAUUCACCAGGGAUAGGCCUAAAGGAAAGGAAGUUGUGAAGUAUGAACUGCAUGUUGAAGACCAGAAUCUUCCAAAACCAACGGAUGUAAUAAAGGUGAUAAACGGUACUACCAGCAGUUUCAGGAUAUAUAAUGUUUAUCCAAGAUAUUUUCGUGUCACUGGCUCUGGUGACGUGCGGUUUCUGGAACAAAUGGUAAAUCUGGUUAGUGGGGACCUUGUCCUCAAUCAUGGCAGUCCAGAGUGGUGGUCUUUCCAUGAUGUUAAUGCCUCAGAUGUUAAAGGUUGUGGUGAGCUAGCUGGACCAAUGGCUGUUAUUGUAUCUGAAGAAACACCACAGGGUAUACUUGGAGAAACACUAAGCAAGUUCAGCAUUUGGGGUCUCUAUAUUACCUUUGUACUGGCGGUUGGACGUUUCAUCAGGCUUCAAUGUUCUGAUCUGAGAAUGAGGAUACCCUUUGAGAAUCUCCCUUAUUGCGACAGGUUGCUGGCAAUCUGUGAGGACAUUUAUGCUGCAAGGGCAGAAGGUGAACUUGAAGUUGAGGAGGUCCUUUAUUGGACAUUGGUGAAAAUUUACAGGUCCCCGCACAUGCUGCUUGAAUACACUAAACGUGACUAGGAAAAAGAAUAGUAUGUUGUGGUCAACAACAGC